AUGUCUUCGACACUGAUCUUUGCCCGAAACAACAACAAUAACGCCGAGCAGAAAACCAGCUUGCUUCAUGACUCUGACAAUUUUGACACCGACCCAUACGACCCAGACUGUUAUUCGGAUGAGGAUGUUUUUGUCGACGAGACCGCCGGUGACAAUGCGUCGGCCACGAAACCCCUGAUGCAUCCAAGAGAUCGAUCCAUAGUGAAAACACGGCGGCCGUCAUAUCGUUGCCAAUAUUUGGUUCGUACUAUUUGUUUAAUUAUCUGCUUCUGUUCCCUUGGUGCACUUAUAGCUUCACUUAUACACACGAUUGCCUACAUGAACGAACCGGCUCCAAAGACAGUCAAGGGACACCAUUGUGGCCAGGUGCAGGCACAGGCGUCAACAAAACCGCACCGACCUCGUUCAGAUUUGAUCGGAUGUUCUAAGAUGUCCGUCGAAGAUGUUUGGGUGGUAGGUGUGCCGAAACUGACCACAGAAUCGUCAAUACGAUUGGUGGACGUAAACCAAGAUGGAGAACUUGACGUCAUACUGGGAUUCGGAACAGGUAAUCUGGAUUGUUUUAAAAAUUGUUUUCUUUUUUCGCUAAUCUUUGCUUUUAUUUAA